GACAACAGCCACUGCCAGAAAAUAGCGAGUUAGCUUGCCUUCUUUGGUUUCACUUCAGGCCUUGGCCCAAAGAGACCAUUGUAUAGCUCCUCCUGCUUUUGGUAGAGAGCCUUGCCUUGUUCCGCAACCAACCGAAGCUCCCGAAGGAUCUCCGUGUCUCUUGGAGAGUACUUUGCUUUCAGGAAAUCCGCCCUGGCUGAUUCUUUCUGGACAAGUUCAGAUUUAGCUUUUCCUCGCCUGAACAGUGCUUCCACACUAUUUUUCGUCCUCUGACAAGACCUGAAUAAUAAGAUUAUGAAAAGGACAGCCAUCAAAUCAGUAAUUUCUCAGACAAAGCAGGGUAAUUUUGCAGUAGGAACAUAGGAUUGUUCAAUUGAUCAAUCAUCAUAAGUUCAGCUUCACGGAGCAGAGCAGUAGCCACGCGAGGGAUAGGCGGAGAUGUAGUGUGUAUCUACUCCAGAAAGCUUGGAACUCGGAUUGUUCUUGUUCCCUAGAACACCAUUCACUAUUUGAUCGCGAAGUAGCAUAACCUUUUGAUUUGCAUGUCAACUGGCACAACCACUAAAAGGUUAUGAUAUCUGCUGAAGAUGAUGGAACUCUGUACGCUUGAGUUUCAUGUAAUCCCUGUUUUUUUUAUUCUAACCCACGCAGUUGAAGUGUUGCCUUAUGAUCUUGAAUCUUUUUCUCCGGCCUGUUGAUAGAAAGCAUAUGAUUCCAUGGUGCUGAACUGUUUUCAUUAUUAUCUGCAGGCGAAGUCAGGUGGAUUGUUCCGUGUCCGUCCCUGUUGAAGCGGGUAAACCACUUAACCUGCUGCCAAAGCAGUUGCAACCAGUCUCUCUCUCCCCUACGCUAACAUUGGUGUCUGGGCAAGUUGUAAAUAUUUCUGCAAUACACAACCAAUGUGAGACCAUGCCGCCAGCCAUGGCAGGUUUGUUCAUCAAUACCGCGGCUUCAUCUUGUCCUCGAUGGCUCGAUCUAAUGAAAUAGGAAACAGCAUGUCCGUGAAGAUCCUGAUCCAUGUCCACAUAAAUCUCUAUGAUCUGUAAUAAAAAAUAAUCUCUGUGGUCUCACCAUUUGUGCUACCUGUUUCUGACGGGUCUGCUUUGAUCGAGUGCUGUCAACUGCUAUGCUGCUGCAAUUUAUUUCUUCUAACAUUUGCCUCAAAUUACGCAGGUUCACCGGUCUUUGUACCCUAUUACCACGGGUAAGUAUCGAUUACGUUACCCCCCACAAUCAUAUUCUGAUACAAUUCAAAUUUAUAUCAUCUUUGGCAAAUCUGCAUAUUGUCCUGAGUUCUGAUGUAUCACAGCAGGGUUCUGGUUUUCCGAACAUAGUGAAAUUCUGUGUUCGCUUUCUCCAAAUUGCUGCAGUAUACUAAUUGAUAUUUCUUUUGUUGCACAUGCUGAAGCUGUCCUGAAUCCUGAUUCCUGAAGCUGCCAUAUUUUUCCUAAUUCUCCAUUUUCAGACUAAAUCCACAACUGAACAUCUGAAAUGAUUCAGAUCAGAGUGUUGCAGCGCCAACAGCUGUCCUACCCGUGCUACUUACUUGGGUUCAGAUACUUAACCAACCAAUGUGCAUGUGUGCAUUUCCAACACAAUGCAUUCUUUGUGAUAAUGUGUCGAACCACUAUCAUUUCGCAAGCUUUUCCUGUAUUGUCGGAAUCCUUUUCAUAGGGAAGGUUUCCUGCUUGGUCAUGAAUUCAUGACCCUAACUCUAUGCAUGACUAUGUUGUCCAUACCAACUUUGAGACAUCUGACUUCUGACAUGUUCGCUUGUGUCACGAAUCACGACGUUCUUUCCUGAACACAGUGAGAUCAAAUGUAUGCUGCCAUACAAGCACAAAAAAAUAUUUUGCCCAACAAGCUGAAAUUGGCCUGAAUCUGGCAUACUUGCGUGGUACUCCUCCAUUUCUCUUUCAGUCUGCAUAACGAUCUCUAGAAAGCUUGUGCAAGAAUGCAUCAGAACAAGAUUCCAAGCCUUCGCUCCAGUGGUAUAUAUAAAUGGACGUCAUUAUCUGAAUGUCACCACACAAUAUGCGCAACAGAAAGAACACCUCAAGUCCCAGUUUCUGAAGGAACAAUCACUGGGAGGAGACGGAUGGAAGGGAAGAGAGUUGCAGCUGCUGCUGUGUGGUGCAUGCUCGUCAUGCUGUCCGUGUCAGGCCAGCAGCGGGUGGCCGGAUUCAGGGGGUUCUGUGGGUGCUUCGGCAGCUGCUACCCUGGCUGCAGGGAGGGCAACCCAGCGUGGCUCUGCACAAUCAAGUGCGUGGAGUCCUGCACCGUGCCCAUCGCCGCGUUCGGUGCCGGCGACUGCUCCAAGAUCUGCCUCGCCUCGAUCUGCGGCGCGGCCGAGACCGGGACAACUGAUGGCGGUGCUGCAGCAGCUUGCGUUGAUGAUUGCACCGUGAACCGGAACUCGUCUACUACUAUACAUGGCACUCGUCUCCAAUACGCAAAGCCACACCUCAGUCACAGUUCUUGGCCCAAGUAAACUGUGUGUGUCGUUCUUUCAAGAAAAGGGGGAAAAAAAACUCGUGUGGCACCCGGAACUAAGACGAGCUGCAUUGUAUCCAAAGGAAAUUCUGAAGCCAUGCAUGGAUACAGAAAUGAAAACUCCAACCUGUCCAACGGAAAGGGUUUCAGGUCGAGGUCGAGGUAUCAGGGAUCCAAUGUGACGAGGAGCAACGACAACCACCUGGUCUCCCUGACACUCAUCUCGCUCGUUCUGUUGAUCUCCGAAUCAGAUCGCUCGCCGUCCUAUCUUUUUCUUGUGUUUUCUCCGGAAUUUCUAAAUAAUUCUCACAGAAUUUCUACUGCU